CAGCCUGCAUCUUCUGUCUUCAUGCUUUCUCUCUGUUUUUGAUCUUAGCUCAUGCUUUUUCUUCGUUUCACUCCGCAAGGCACCCUCAAAUCUGCCAUAUUUUCUACAAAAUUUCUCAUACAGUGUCUUGUCCGUUCCCUUUCUGUACCAGCCAAGUUCUCCUCAACGCAAGAUGUUUACCAAUGCAACCUCAGACUCGGGCGACUCUCACGCGCAGGCAACAUCCAAGCUGCCCGCCAGUUGUUUGAUACAAUGUCUGAAAGAGACGUUGUUUCCUGGAACGCUAUCGUUACUGGGUACUGGCAAAACGGUUACCUUGAAGAAUCAAAAACACUUUUUGCUUCAAUGCCUGUAAGGAAUGUAAUCUCCUGGAACUCCAUGAUUGCUGGCUGCGUUGAGAAUGACCGCAUGAAUGAGGCUUUUGACUACUUCAAAGCAAUGCCUUGGAGAAACACUGCGUCUUGGAAUGUGAUGAUCUCAGGUUUUGUGAAAUUUAAUAGGGUAGAGGAUGCUAGCAAGCUAUUUGAAGAAAUGCCUAGUAGGAAUGUGAUAUCUUUUACCUUGAUGAUUGAUGGUUAUAUGAAGACCGGGGAGGUUGAUAAGGCGAGAGCAUUAUUCAAUCACAUGCCACGAAGAAAUGUUGUUUCUUGGGCAGUGAUGAUAAGUGGGUAUGUAAAUAAUGGGCAAUUUAAUGAAGCUAGGGAUUUGUAUGAGCAGAUGCCUGUCAAGAAUGUUGUUGCCAUGACGUCUAUGAUAACAGGGUUCUCUAAGCAGGGGAUGAUGGAUGAAGCAAGGGCUCUGUUCGAUGGGUUUAAGCAUAAGGAUCUUGUUUCGUGGAAUGCUAUCAUCACAGGCUAUGCACAAAGAGGAAUUGGUGAGGAGGCAUUGAAGUUGAGUUCUGAAAUGAUUAAGAUGGGUAUGCAGCCAGAUAACUUCACCCUUAUAUCUGUUUUAAGUGCCUGUUCUGGUCUUGCCUCACUUAAAGAAGGCAUGCAAAUCCAUGUGCUAGUUAUAAAAUAUGGGUUUGAAUCAGAUAUAUCUAUCUGCAAUUCCUUAAUUACCAUGUAUAGCAAAUGUGGUUGCAUCCUUGAUUCUGAGUUAGCUUUUAGACAAAUUCGCAAAGCAAAUCUCAUUUCAUGGAAUACAAUUAUUGCUGCGCUUGCACAGCAUGGUCUCUAUAGAAAAGCUAUUGCUUUUUCCAAAGAGAUGGAAUUCAAUUGUAUCAAACCUGAUGGGAUAACUUUUCUUAGUUUGCUAUCUGCUUGUGGCCAUGCUGGGAAGGUGAAUGAAAGCACAAAUCUUUUUGACUUAAUGGUAAAAGCUUAUGAAAUUGCCCCUAGAUCUGUACACUAUUCUUGCUUGAUUGAUAUAUUGUGUCGAGCGGGUCAAUUGGACAAGGCAUGCAAGUUAAUCCAAGAGAUGCCUUUUGAUGCUGAUGCAGGAGUCUGGGGUGCUCUUCUUGCUGCUUGCAAUGUUUAUUUGAAUAUAGAAUUAGGAGAACUAGCAGCAAAGAAAAUUGUGGAUUUGAACCCACAGAAUUCUGGAGCUUAUGUCAUGUUGUCCAACAUGUAUGCUAGAGCAGGAAUGUGGGAUGAAGUAAUAAGAGUGAGGGUUCUCAUGAAAGACCAAGGGGUGAAAAAGCAGCGUGGAUAUAGUUGGUUGGAGAUUGGUGAUAAGAUGCACCUUUUCUUGGGAGGGGAUAUAUCUCAUCCAGACACUCCUAGGAUUCAUUUAGAGCUUAAGAGAAUUAGUUUACAAAUGAAAGCAAUUGAUGAUAUUGCAGAAACUGUUUUGUUAUGGAGCUGUUUUGGUUAACAAAUGUUCUUCUGUCCCAGUUGGAGUUUUUGAAAAUCUGGAGCAUAUUAGCUAUAUGUAUGCAAGGGAAAAUAGGGAGUCCUCAUUGGUAUUAGAAAAAACCAUGUUAUGAUAUCUGACAAGUCACAGAAUUUUUGGUAGAAGUAGACUGAUGAUUUGUAGGUGGCAGAUUGGUAUAUGAGGCAGAAUCCAAGUUUGUAGAAUAGAAACCCUUCCAUGCUGGGUUCACAAGUUUGUUCAUAUUAGUUAAGAUUUCCAGUCUUGAAGACUUUCCAUGAGCAGAGGAGUCAUGAUACAUGAGGCUGAAGGUUUUUUGAACCGUUAAACUGUGAAGUGACAAAGUGGAAAUAUGUGACAUGACAAGAUGAAGUUAUUUAUACAUCUGCAUUGAGAAAAGUAUGAAUUUGAAAGAUCAAUAGUAUAGGAUGAAUUUAUUUG